CACAUUCUGUCUGCCUCUCAUAUCUUGUUUCAAUUCGCAUGUGUGGUUUGAACGUGUGAAAGAAUUUGUGUGGUGUGUUCUGGAGUUUGGGAAUGUGUUUUGUGUUAUUCUGUCUGAGCAGUGAAGUUGUGGGGUGACUUUAUAUGGAGUUGGGACCUUUGGGGUUGGGGAAACUUGUCACUCUACUGUAACAGCUGCAAAUAGGUUGGAAACAACCAAGCUAGGUUGGCAAGGGUGGCCAACUUGGAUGGAUUGGUUGGGAAGGGACAAAGGUCAAAGUUGAGGUUCCUAUAGGGAGGGAAUUUUUGUGCUUAUGGGGUUUCCUUGGUUGGGGACUCUCUUGGGACCUUCCCUCUCAUCCCUCUCUUUCUAUCCCAACCUUUCUCUUGCUCCUUCUAAUUCCUUGUGACAUUCUUGAACUUUGAUUGAACUCUUGAGAUUGAGUUAAGUUCUCCUCCUACAGCUUACCCCCUAGUGCGUCGAAAGCCAUAGCGUCGCGAAUACUUCAUCAAUCAACAUGAUUCAAAUUGGGAACGGUAGCUGAGAUUAAGAGCUACAACAUAUCCAAGUUUCGCGACAUUCUAACGGCUAGUUUUUUGUCGACGUCGUUUCUUGUGAAGACGACUUUUCUGUCCAGAAUUUCGGAUUUAUAUUUUGAGUAAUUCUAGCUCCUAAGUUCACCUAGACUCCGUCCUUAAUCCUAACAAGUGGUAUCAGAGCAAUAUUAAGGACAUUGAGAGGAGUCUACAGAAGUUUGAAGACCCUUCUAGACCCACCAUGGCCUGUGGGUGUGCCUAAGUGGUGUUCUAAAGGUUGGAUGUGUCUUCCACUAAGGGGAAACUCUGCCGAAAUUUCGUGGACGCCGACACUUGUGAAAAUAUCGAGGGAGCUGAGUGUGGACAGCAAAGGGGAGCUGAAAUUCGUCAUUUCUCAAGGAGAAGAUGAAUGAGAGAGGAGGAGAUGCUAAUGGAAGAGGAGCUGUAGCUGGGAAGACAAGUGAGCCGCCGCCAUCAAAAGUUGAAGCUUUGGAUGGCUCCAACUAUAAGGAAUGGAGCGGGCGGAUGAGGAGUGCCUUCAAACGCUACAAGCUACUGAAGAUUGCUGUUGGGGAGGAGAAGAUGUCGGAAGAAGGCGAAGAACGCGAACGGUGGAUUGAGAAAAGCACGGUGCUUUUCGACCUCAUCCUUCAAUCGGUCAACAAGGAGAUGUUCGAGCACAUCAAGGAUCUUGUGGAAGCGGAUGAUUCGGGUCCAAGGGCGUGGAAACUGCUACGCGAUGUGAUUCAGCCCAACACUCUUCCCAUGGUGAUCGUGCUCGAGAAGGAACUUGCUGCAAUCUCCAUGCGACCAGGGGAUGAUGUGAAGCCGGUCCUUGACAAGAUCAAGGACACCUAUGCAAGGAUGGCAGCAGCGGGCAGCAGCGUUUCUCAGCUGCAGCAGUGCACCAAGAUCAUCUCGGUGUUGGACAACUCUUGGGACAACCUCAUCCCCACCCUCAACUCUCAGCAAGAUCAAUGGACACCUGAGUGGCUAAGGCAGCAGAUUCUGCAGGAGGACUUCCGCAGACGCCAUGCGGGAGGCGGUGCUGCCACUAAGACUGCUGAGGGUCACAUGACCCCAUGGGCAGAUUUGCUUGAUGAGGUAAAACCCCCUGGGAAGAUCAAGUAUGUGGCAGCAGCGUCAGGUGCUUUGCUCCCUGUCAUUGGUGUUGGAAAUGCCAAGGUUAAGGGAGCUAAUGGGGAGCUUGUGGGGCUUGGGAAUAUUCUGCUGGUUGAAGGCUUGUCUGCUAACCUUCUCUCUGUGCGACGACUGCAGAAGAGCAAGGCCGAAGUGACCUUUGGACCAACCAGCUGCCGUGCUAAGCUUGGGAAGAAGGUGCUGUGGAGUCUGGAAGAGGAGACCAGCUGCAUCAAGGACCUGUGGCAGCUGCCCAUCAUCCCAUGGAAUGGGAAGACUCCAACAGCAGCAACGGCAGCAGUGGCAAAGGCAACAGCAGGAGGAGAUGCAACUGCACCAACUGAUGGGGUCCUGGAAGCAGUCAAGAAAGUGCAGCAGCAGCAGACACAUGGUGAGGUGCUUGCUGGUGUGGAUGCAAGUGCGGCAUGGGCUAAGGCUUCAUCAAGGAGUGGAGAGGCCGAUUGGGAGACAUGGCAUGAGAGGCUGUGUCAUGUGAACUUCCCUAUGCUACAGAAGUUGGUGAAGGAUGGGAGCCUGAAGGGCUUGGAGGUGAAAGGGGGAGUGAAGGAGAUUGGGAGCUGCCCUACAUGCUUGGAGACCAAGUUCUCCAAGUUCCCCUUCAACAGCACUACAGGACCAGCCAAGACCCCACUUGCACUUGUGCACAUGGAUGUGGUGGGGCCCACAAGAGCCCCUUCCCUCUCAGGUAGCCGCUAUUUCUUGACAAUUGUGGAUGACCACACUCGGGCAGUGUGGGUUUACCCUUUGAAGAGCAAGGGGGAGGUGGCAGCGGCUGUCCUUAAGGAGUGGAUGCCUAGAGCUCAGAGGGAAUGCGGAUACAAGGUGAAGGUGAUCCGCAGUGACAAUGGUGGGGAGUUCAUUGGAGCUGAUUUUGAGGGGGAGUUGAAGAGGAAGGGGAUCCAGCAUCAACUGACAGUGCCCUACAACCCGCAGCAGAAUGGCGUGGCUGAGAGGUUCAACAGGACCUUGCAGGAGGGGGCACGCACUCUCCUUGGGCGUGCAGGGCUGCCUGAUCCGUUUUGGGUGUCUGCACUGAGGCAGGUCGCCCUUGUGAAGAACAGGGUGCUGGCUACAGUUGGAGAUAAGGAGUGGAUCCUAUAUGUCAAGUGGUAUGGGAGUGCUCCAGCUGUGAACAUGCUGAGGGCAUUUGGGUGCAUGGUGGUGUUUCAUGUGCCUAAGGAGAAAAGGGGGAAGUUGGAGGCUUCUGGAAGAUGGGGUGUGCACUAGGGGAUUGCAAAGGAUCACAAGGGGUGGCUGCUAUGGGACUUGACCACCCAGAAGUUGACAGUGUCAAGGGAUGUGAAGUUUCUUGAGUCCCUGUACUACAAGGAAUGGAAGCAGCAGCAACAGAAGCUUCCAUCUAUACCGCUCAUUGUGGAGGCAGAU